AAAAAAGAUAUUGUCUAUGUUCAAAAGACGGAAAGUUGUGGAAGUUAAAAAGCUAUUGGGCGUUUGCAUUGAAAUCUAACGUUUUUGGCAAUAGUGGUCUAUAGAUUAUUUGAAAUAUAAACAACGUAAGGUUUUAAAGUUAUCAUAAAACAGGUAAAUCUAUCGUGAUGGCAGUAAACGUGUAUUCUACGAAUGUUACAUCGGAAAACCUUUCACGCCAUGAUAUGUUGGCGUGGGUAAAUGACUGUCUUCAAUCAAACUUUGCCAAAAUUGAAGAACUUUGCACUGGGGCCGCAUAUUGUCAAUUUAUGGACAUGCUUUUUCCUGGCAGUGUACCUAUGAAAAGAAUUAAAUUCAAGACAAAUCUAGAACAUGAAUAUAUACAGAAUUUCAAAAUAUUACAAGCCGCCUUCAAAAAAAUGAGUGUUGAUAAGAUAGUACCAAUUGACAAACUGGUGAAGGGUCGUUUCCAAGAUAACUUUGAAUUUUUGCAAUGGUUCAAGAAGUUCUUUGAUGCCAACUAUGGAGGCACGGAAUAUGACGCGGUGGCGCAGCGUGAAGGGCUGCCCAUGGGGCACGGCGGCUCGUCCGCACCGCGGUCCGCCGCCGCCACUGCCGUUAAGAAACCAGCUGCGCCAGUCGCCAAAGUUGCAGCUAGACCCCAAUCCAUUCUCAAAGCAAACAGCACAAUACGGUCUCCACCUGUCAACUCAUCAAGGUUAAAUCAAAGUGGAAAAGGCGACUCGAAACUUGUUGAUGAACUCAACCAUCAGGUGAAUGAAUUGAAAGCAACCGUAGAUGGUCUUGAAAAAGAGAGGGAUUUUUACUUUGGAAAACUGCGAGAUAUUGAGGUUAUCUGUCAAGAGAUGGAAGACCAACAGAAUGCUCCGAUUGUUCCGAAGAUUUUGGACAUAUUAUAUGCCACUGAGGAUGGAUUCGCACCUCCCGAGGAGAUAGACGGUGACAACCCCCCUCCGCCCGAGGAAGACGAAUAUUGAAAAAAAUAUAUAUAACAUAAAAAAGCGUAUCAUAGUGCUAUUUGUAUAUUAUCAACUCGAAAUUAUCUCGCUUACAAAUCAUCGACAGUAUCGAGUGCUUAGUAUUUCACAGCCAAUGAGUCGUCGCUGAAUGUAUAACUUACAAAACAGUGCCCCCAAAAUAACUGACGUUAUAGGUACCUUCAUAAAUAUAUUAGGCGAAAAGGUGGUCAACAAUAUGUGUAAGCAAUGUACCAACUUAUUGCAAUCAAAGUUGUUAAUAGUUACUUUGUCUCAAUCACUGAUUGUGUUGAAGAAAAAAUUCUACCACCUCGUUUGAAACGGAGCUGGCCAGGACAGCUAAAAAUAGAUAGCAACCUAAUCUCACUGUUUUUGAAUAGUGUUUACAUUAAUGAUAAUCAAUUCCAGUUACAUUUUAUAGCUUUUAUAACUAUGUACGUUAGGGUACAGCUAUUUUCUUAAUUAAACUGUUUACAGUACUUGGAAUAUUUUGCAGAUUUUUUAUAUGUUAUGGUUGUUCUGACAGCGCGGCAGCAUAUAUAAAAUUCAAUUGAUGUUCCCUAAAAACAAUUGAAUAACUUUAAAUUUAUGGUAUGUACGAAGUAGACUGUAUCAUGCACAAUACCCAAUUAUUAAUAUAAUAUACUGUCUACUUAUCGUAUUAUAGAAUUAUUUAUAUCAAUAUAUGCAUAUGCAUCUGGCUAUAUUGCGAUACAUUGCUGUUAUGCACAUGGCUGUGUUAUAGUUAAGUACAAUCGUUCAUACUCAGGAGCGUUGUCUCUCGACUGAAUUACUUCGUAUUUUUGCUGUUUUUUUAAGUAUCCAUCGUAAUUCCAUUGUGUCCUUCAUAAAAGUGUUAUUUACAGAUUUAGGUCUACAGUAAUUUGUAAUAAGUAGACUCGAUGUUGACAAUCGUUACAUUUUUGGACCACUGAUGCCUAAGCAACGUGCAUUUAAUAGGUUGUUAAUAUUGGAAGAAGUUUAAUGUUAAUUGUUUAUUCUGUUAUGCCGCAGUUUAAUGAAUAUUUGGUACUAAAUUAUCAUUAUUAAGAUGACAGUGAUUAUUAGAUCUGAAUGUUUUUACACAACACAAUUAUUAGCAACGAGACAAAAAGUGUAGAAUAUUGUUGAAAAUAGAUGGUGAACUGUUUCAUAUAUACAUCCUUGUGAUAUAUCUACCUAUCCAUGAUUUAGGGUUAAACAAACACAAGACUUGAGUGUGCACUAGUAAAUGUAACUAAUAAAUUAUGGAAAAAUGCUAAUAUUCAAAAUAAUUUUAUGUAUUUUUUAAUGUAUACGCGAAAUAUCGCAAAAACUAACGACUUGUUGGCAAGAAAGACAUUAAUCGCUGUUUAAGACAAAAUAGAUAAUUAAUUUAUUUACUUUAGCAGUCGUACAUUGCCUUAACGGCUGAUAUUAAUUGCCUCUGGUUCUCAGAUUGUGAAUGUCUUGUCAAAUAAAAUAACUUUAUUAUAA